UACUGUAGACGGCAGUGUCAUUGUGCGCGCAGUGGCACAAGUGAGACAGAAUGGCGGAAGGACAAGGGGAUUUUGACUCUCUUCUUUCGAAUUUACUGAGCACAAAUAAUGACAUUCGAAGUAAAAGUGAGGAAACUUAUGAUAACAUCCCUGUAGAAAGAAGAAUUGUUUUCCUUUUGAAUUCUGUGUGUAACAAUGGAAAUUCAGAAGAGAAUCGCCAACUAGGAGCAGUUUUGCUGAGAAGAGUUAUAUCUGGUGAUUUUGAGAAUUUUUUUCCAAAGUUGAAUCUUGAGUCUCAAGCUCAAAUUAAAAAUCAACUACUUUUGACAGUUCAGCAAGACUUAUCACCUCAAUUAAGAAAAAAAGUUUGUGAAGCUGCAUCAGAAUUAGCAAAGAACUUAAUUGAUGAAGAUGGAAACAACCACUGGCCAGAAUUUCUUAAGUUUUUAUUUGACUGUGCAAGCUCCCAGAACUUGGUGUACAGAGAAGCAUCUUUACAAAUGUUUACGGCUGUACCUGGUAUUUUUGGAAACCAGCAGAACAGAUACCUUGAUGUAAUUCGACAGAUGCUCUUGCAGAGUCUUCAAGACCCAACAAAUUUGAAUGUUCGCUUAGCUGCUGUUAAAGCUACAACAGCUUUUUUAGUAGCUCACGAAAAAGAACACAACAUUCAGAAACACUUUAUAGAUUGUCUCCUACCUCUUUUACAGGUUUUACAGCAAAGUUUGGAGCAGAAAGAUGAUGAUGUUGUUUUACGAAGUUUUGUUGACCUAGCAGAAUCAUGUCCACGGUUCUUACGUAGUCAGCUAGAUUCACUUUUACAAACGUGUUUGAAGACUAUUUCAGAAGCUGGAAUGAAUGACUCAUGGCGCCAUCUGGCUUUAGAAAUUAUCGUAACUCUUUCUGAAACUGCUCCUGCAGUGAUGAGAAAAGUUGCAACUAAACACAUUGCACAGUUAGUUCCUUUGGUCUUCAAUAUGAUGAUUGAUUUAGAGGAAGAGGAGGAUUGGGCAUUUUCAGAGGAAAUAUUAGAUGAUGACAAUGACAGUAACCCAGUAGUUGGAGAGACAGGAUUGGAUAGGCUUGCUUGCGCUUUAGGAGGAAAAGUGAUGUUGCCAAUAGUUAUUAACAUUCUCCCAGCCAUGUUAAGUAGUGCUGAUUGGAAACACCGCCAUGCAGGACUAAUGGCAGUAUCAGCUAUUGGUGAGGGUUGCCAUAGGCAGAUGGAAGCAACUCUACCACAGUUAGUUGAUGGAAUUCUUCCUUACCUUCAAGAUCCUAAUCCUAGGGUUCAAUAUGCAGCUUGUAAUGCUUUAGGACAAAUGUCUACUGAUUUUGCACCAACAUUUGAAAAAAAAUUCCAUGAUAAAGUUCUACCUGGGCUAUUAAUGCUUCUUGAAAAUCCAGCUUAUCCUAGAGUUCAGGCCCAUGCUGGGGCCGCCUUAGUGAAUUUCUUUGAAGACUGUCCAAAGUCUGUUUUAACACCGUACCUUGAUAAAAUUAUCAAUAGUUUAGAGGCUGUAUUGAGUUCCAAAUUUAAAGAGCUUGUUGAGAAAGGUACAAAACUGGUUCUAGAACAAGUAGUAGUAACUUUAUCAGCAGUAGCAGACAGUGCUGAAGAAAAAUUUGUACAAUAUUAUGAUAGGUUUAUGCCGUGUCUGAAGUAUAUAAUUCAAAAUGCGAAUACUGAAGAACUACGACUAUUACGAGGGAAAACUAUAGAAUGUGUGAGCCUAAUAGGGCUAGCUGUUGGUCAAGAAAAAUUUGUGAAUGAUGCCAGUGAUGUCAUGAACAUGUUACUGAAGACGCAAACAGAUGGCAAUACAAUUAGCGAGGAUGAUCCUCAGUUAUCCUACAUGAUCUCGGCCUGGGCUAGGAUAUGUAAGAUUCUUGGGAAACAGUUUGAGCCUUAUCUUCCUUGUGUGAUGGGACCGGUAUUGAAAGCAGCAUCCAUGAAGCCAGAGAUUGCUCUUCUAGAUAGUGAAGACAUGAAAGUGGUUGAAGGAGAUGAUGACUGGCAAUUUGUUAAUCUUGGUGAACAGCAAAACUUUGGAAUCAGAACAGUUGGCCUCGAAGAGAAAGCAACAGCUUGUCAGAUGUUGGUGUGUUAUGCACGUGAGUUAAAGGAGGGAUUUGCUGCUUACACAGAAGAAGUUGUGAAACUGAUGGUGCCUUUACUUAGAUUUUACUUUCAUGAUGGUGUUCGCUCAGCAGCUGCUGAGUGCCUUCCUUACCUGUUAGAAUGUGCUCGCAUCCGUGGAGAAGAGUAUGUAGCAGAAAUGUGGCAGUACAUUUGUCCAGAACUAUUGAAAUCGGUGGAUAGUGAGCCAGAAAAGGAAGUUCUUUCUGAACAAAUGCAUGCUGUAGCCAAGUGUAUAGAGGUACUUGGCCGAGGAUGUUUAAGAGAAGAGCACAUGGCAGAACUUUUAAAGGUCCUUGACAAGAGCCUUAGGGAUCAUUUUGAAAGAGCUCGAGAAAGGCAGGAGAAAAGGAAAGAUGAGGACUAUGAUGAAUUGGUGGAAGAAGAACUAAUAGAUGAAGAUGAUGAAGAUGUCUAUAUCCUAAGUAAAGUGGCAGACAUUCUGCACUCCUUAUUCAGCACCCAUAAGCAAGAAUUCCUACCAUGUUUUGAUCAUUUAAUUCACCAUUUUGUUAGAUUACUGGGUCCUGAAAGACCAUGGACUGACCAUCAGUGGGGGAUCUGUGUAUUUGAUGAUGUCAUUGAAUAUGGGGGUUCCGCAUGUUCAAAGUAUCAACAGUAUUUCCUAAAGCCAAUGUUGGAUGCUUUAGUCAGUUCUAAUCCUGAGGUUCAACAGGCUUCUGCUUACGGGUUUGGUGUCAUGGGCCAGUUUGCUGGGGAAGGCUUUGCCAAAACUUGUGCAGAUGUUGUACCCCUUCUGGUCCAUAUGAUAAAUAUGCCUGAUUCACGAUCACCAGAAAACCUAACAGCUACAGAGAAUGCCAUUGCUGCCAUCACAAAGAUUUUAGCCUAUAACAGUAGCCAAAUCUCAGUUGAUGAAAUUCUGCCCCUCUGGCUUAAUUGGCUGCCUGUGUGGGAAGAUGAGGAUGAAGCUCCUCAUGUCUAUGGUUUUCUAUGCACACUUCUUGAACAGAACAAUCCAAUACUGUUAGGCAAGGAAAAUUGUAACUUGCCACAUAUAGUGGCUGUUAUGGCUGAAGCUUUUUCUCGAGAGGCAGUAGACCCACAAACAGAUGUUGGCAAGAAAAUGGUCCUAUUACUACAACAUCUCCAGAGCAAUGGAGAUGUAUACACAGAAUGUUUCAAACAGCUAACACAUAGCCAGCAGCAAGCCCUACACCACAUAUUAGCCCCACAGUGAUUACCUGAUGAAUGACUUUCUUUACAUUACAACACAGAUCCUAUCUAUGUUAAACAGAAUUGUACAUUUAAACCAAAUUUAGUAAUUAUUCUCUGUAUUUGGUUACUCUACUUCAACAAAUAAAUAUUUAAUGUUUUCUUGGUUUCUAGUGCAGAAGAUAAACUUUCUAAAAACUGCAUGAAGAUAUUUUUUUUUGUAUACUUUAUUUGAACUAGACAGAGAACAGACUUGUAGUAAAAUCAACAAAUUAUAAUUUCACUGUACCAGGAUAUGUGUAAUGAAAAGUUUUAAUAAUGUUAAUUUACCAGUUUUUUGUUGUUUUAUGCUAUGUAAUAGUUUUGCCACCAAUAUAUGAAGAAAGCAGUUACUACUGGAGCGGUACAGCUGCCUGUCAUAAGCUGAGCAUCACCUUAUGUGAUUAGCACUUUAUUAUCAUUGGGUGUUCAUUAAUCUAUCUGUGAUAUAAAUUAAAUAUAUUCAAGUAGAAGUAUUGUGUAAAUUAUGGUAAACAAAUAACAGAUGAAUUAAUAAAAUAUGAGAAAUGGUACAGUUGCUUGAAGUAGGCAUAAAAAGAUGAAUAGAUCAGAUUUUGAUAUUGAUAUAUAACAAUAAAUCUAUUAUUUCUUUAUAAAAUGAUUGUGGUAUUAAAAACUAAUGUAAGAUUUUGAGCUUUAUGUAAUUACAUAAUUGUUAAACUAAUUUAUUAGUGCAACUGGUGAUAUUAUCAUACUUAGAACAAGUUGAUAAGUGGCUUUAUAAUCAAUUUGUUACCUAUUAAGGAUAAAUAUGUAGGUACCAUCUGUAUAUUAUUAAUGUGCAAGCUGGGUAGGAAUAAGGCUCUUAAAGAGAACCUACCUCAAAGCCCUUUUGAGCUGUGUGUAUAUCAAUGGGUAUGUUUUGUAAACGGUUAAGUUUCUACCACACAGAAGAAUACAAGUUAUAUAGCUCCUUG